GUUCACUCUGGUGAAGGAAAGUGAGAUUGAAAGGGUGCCUCAACGUGGCAUCCUAGAGAGAGACCCCUCUAUUUACCAAAAGCCGUCACCACACUGUACGGUCCUGGCACACUUAGUACUCUCCGAAACGACCCUACCUCGACUAAUAAAUGAGCAGCAUAGGCGCCAGGAAAUAAAACAAGUGAAAGACACGGAUCAUUAUCCGAACGAGGAGAGAAAAACAACGAAUCAUUUUCGGAAUCAUAUGUAGGAAAAGCGCACGGAUCGUCGUCGCAGUUGCCUUCUCAAUGCAUACUCUUUGUGCUCGAGGAACGAUGAAACCAGAGAUUAGUGCCGCGGUCGGAUUUCUGUCGAGAUUUCUGCGGAUAAAAGGACACGUAAAUGACCGACAGCUUCAGUCAUUCAGCGCAAGUUUACAGGAUAUCUUGUCAGAGCAAUACAAGCACCACUGGUUCCCCGACAGGCCAUGCAAGGGCUCGGGCUACCGCUGCAUCCGCAUCAACCACAAGAUGGACCCCCUGGUGGGGCAAGCGGGCCAGCGCAUCGGCCUGACCAUCAAUCAGCUCUACCUGCUGCUGCCCAGUGAGCUCACCCUCUGGGUGGACCCCUUCGAGGUGUCCUACCGCAUCGGCGAGGACGGCUCCAUCUGCGUGCUCUACGAGUCCCAGCCGGGGACCCUGGCGCCGUCGGGAGUCGGCGUGGUCACCUCGGCCCCCAUGGUGGACAGUCACAUCAGCUGCAAGGAGGCGGCGGGGAUGCUGGGCAGGACCAGCCCUUCCAAAGCCUACAACAUGAUGACUGUGUCCAGCUAAGGGCUGCCACCCGCCACGUCGGGUUGUGGGUUUCGCCCUAGUUGGUCGAUGGCAAACCUUUUUAAAGCUAAAAAUAAAUAAAAUGAAAAACAGAAAAAAAAGAUGGAGAAAAAGCAGAGGAUGUGGCCUAUCGUCCAGGUGAAACCUUGUAGGUUUGAUAUUUCUUUCCUCCUUCCUCACGCCAUAGUCUGUUGUGUUGUGGGAUCUACCGGAGGCUUUGUUUUUUUUUUCGCGGAGAGGGCUGUGUGGAGCGUGGAGCUGUUGGGGGCAGCUAAAACCAACCAAGAAACCCGGACAGAGAAACAGCGCGGUGAAGGGGCUGCUUUUUGUUUUAGUUUUUUUACACAGGUCUAUCAAUGUUGACUUUGCACUUUCUUCUCCACGUGGUUACUAUGGGUACCAUGUCACCACCAUCCCCACCACCCUCUCAAAAGUGUCAAGGAACUGCUGUCAAGAACCAUACCGUUGAAAUUCAGCCUUUUAUCUACUUCCUGUUGUUAUUGGAUGUACUUCCUGUCUAGGAAGGAAGUAAAGGGGCAGAGGUCUAGACUGUGCCUGUUCUUAGGUCAGUCGUUCUCUGGGGAAACGCCUAAAGUAAUUUUAUUCUAACUUCUAAACGUUUUUGGACCAUAGGGCAUUUUCUUUACCCCCAGAGGCUGCCCCAAUAUAGGGCUGAACCUCAGCACUCCAUAUACCAGCGUCGAGCUUCAGGAAGCCCCUCCCCCUCCAUAUGGAAGUUUGGUGGAAUGCGCUGUGACACCUGUUGCUAAGGACAGUAGCGUGUCACAGCGCACCCCACCAACACCCCCAACCAUGUAUGUGUAGCUUUUCGGGAAGGGCUGGGGAUUUGUCCCCUCCCCUUCGAGGAAUGUUGGUUUGAAAUUCACAAUCAAGUUCUCAUUUUGUUUAUAUUCCUCCAUCCCCACCCUGACCUUUUGCCCUCACCAAAUUCAAAGUGUAGCACUAUAAUUUCACCGAGAUCUGUAUAAUUUGUUUUGGUUGUUGUGGCCCUGUCAGAAGAAAUGACAUUGAAUGCACUUUGACAUUUAGAUUGUGUGGGAUGUGUACUUUUAGAGGAAAACCCUCUUCAUUCCAUUCACUCGAAUGUCGUCUGUCAUGAGUUCCCCUCCUUUUCUUUUGUGAAUUGCUCACAGCUCUUAUGUCAGGCUAGACCCCUCUCUAUAGAAUAGGGGUGAGUAACUGAAGGUUUUAAAAAGAUUUCACACUGUAAGCUUUUCAUUCAGACCCGUUCAGGUGUUAAUAGGUAGGUGCGGUUUGGUGUCGUGUCAGGUCAGGCGUUUGUUGUCCGUUUGUAGAACUCUCUGCAGCAGUCGAGGGGUGUGUGAGUGUAGCCAAAGGGAAGUCUGUAGGCCCCUGACUGUUUCUAUCCAACUCAAACUCAAUGGCCUUGUCAGGCAUUCGCAUCUGUUUUUGUUAGACAUUGUUCUUGUCUUUGUGAGUGAAGAUGGGUCCAAGGCUUUCAACACCUCUCCUUUCUUCUGUCUCUGAGUUUGGAUGAGGGGUGCAUUGUCCAACGUAGGACCUCAAUGUUACACCUAUGAGCCAUUCUCUGGAGAACCGAGAGAGAGAACCAAUGUAACUUGAGCCAGCCUGGUUCGAGGUGCUGCUGGACCCUCUCUGGAGGUGUCAGGGAAGGCAGACACAAGAAGCCCCUCUGGUGCCAUCACCCCGAGCCUAGACACCCCCCAGCCAGCCAACCAACCAGCCAACCCCCUCCCCCCAAUAGCAGUACGGAGAUAGCAGUGACACAUAUCAUCUUUCCUCGCCCCAGGGGAGGGAAGGGAGGUGGGAUGGGGGCCAGGGCCGGACACUCUCGUCCAGGGCAGCUACAAUCCCUCCGGCCCCCCUCCAAACUAACCUCCACCCAACCAACCCCCUCUUGGCGGUGGAGAGCAAAGCCAGCACAUGCACUCAGCGCACUCCGUCUGCACUGGGGAGGCCAUAUAGAGACAGGCAGCAGGGAGAAGUCAAAGGUUAGGAAGUGACGGUACACAGUUUACAUGCGUGCAAUAGGACGAUGGUGCUGUCAGUCGUCCUAUAGCUCACUCCUGGUUGGUCGCGCCGCAGACAGACAGACGAUUUGACAGGCUGUGGGGUUUCGGGGCUUUUAGCCACUAAGGUGGCCAGGCUGGGUACCAGCCCAUCAGACCUGCAUGUGCUGCUUUAAGCUCUCUAAGUACAGAGGAUCAUGGGUAAUGGAUCCGUGGUUGUUGACGCACUGCACACCCUAUCCUCCCUCAUCCUCAUCCACUCCCCUCCUCCUCACUGUCCUCCCCCUCUCCAUCUCUCCUGGUGUCAUUCAGCAAUCUGUGGAAAAAGCAGUGUCUCCAAAUGAGCCAGAUGGACAGGUCUGAGAGAGUAGCUCAGAGCUUUGUUGUUGUGGUUGAAAACCAACUUUUAAAAAACCUUGCAGCUCCUCUAUUGCUUCGAUUAUGCCAGCUAUCAAUGUUGUUAUGAGAUUGGUCUGUGUUUCUGACGUAGCAAGUUGUCCCCCCCACCAAUUUUAACAGACUUCAUUGUUAGACCUUCAAAAAAGGAAACAAAGCCGAAAUUGUUUGAUCCCCUUCUCAACAGUAACACCACCACCAAAAAAUAUGGAUUUAGUCCACAAUACUGGAUCUGUAAAAGCAUCCAUUCAGCCUUUGCGCACAUAGGUUUCAGAAACGUUGUGAAAAGUGUUUUUGAAUAGUCGGAGGUAAUAGCACAUAAAAUGCACUAAAUAUGUCAAGUGAAGUUGUGACAUUUUUGAGACGCGAGUUGUCUCUCCUGGAAUGUAUUGCCAAACUCAGGCCUCUGACAUUCAAUAAAAAACCCUUAUGGAAAAGUUGUGCAUGUUAAGACGUGAAACGGGAAGGGAAUAGUUAUUUUGUGUUUUGUCAAGCUGUCCUCAAUGAUUUUUGAAUUAUUGCCACUUUCACAUUUAGGGUGUUUUACAUAUUAUAGAAUCUAUUGCAAUUGUACGACAUAUGGUAGAAUACAUGCAUAACAUUACACAAUGGGAAGUGCCGAUAAUUUGUUUUGAGGUGUUUAGAUGUAUUCCUUUUGCAUUUCUUAGUUUUAACACAGAUAACUAUUUUCAUAAGUGAAGCCAUUUGUGAUUGGAGUGUUGGCAAGGACCAAGUUGUUUUGGUAAAAUAAAUAUCAGUUUCCAUGCCCUGUACUGAUAGACAUAUCCUUUGUUUUUUUUUAACUUACAAAACAAGAAAAACUUUUAAAAAAUCUGAGCGUACCCAAGAAGAAAAGCUGUCUACUCUACCUUGUGAUUUCUCAUGUCAGUACAUCUUUAUUGUGUUCAUUUUCUUUUCCUUGGGUAUGUUGUGAUGAACUGCUGUAAAUUUGUACAGUUCAUGUAAAUUGAUUGUGCGAAAGUUGUACAGAUUUCUAUAUUUUGGAAGAAAAGUUUUUUUUUCUCUGUAAUAAAAUAUUUCCUAUCUUGGCAACGUA